AUGAGAGAGAAACGAGAGAAAAAAAAGAGAAAAGAAGCAGAGAAGAGAGAAAGAGAAAAGAAAGAAGAAGAGAUGAAGAGAAAAAAAGAGAAAAAGAAAAAGGAGAAAAGAGAAAAAGAAGUAGAAGAGAGAAGUAUGAAAGAGGAAUGCGAAGAAGAACAAGCAAAAGAAGAGAGAAAAGAAAAAAAAAAAGAGAAGAAGAAAAGGAGUAAAGUGUACAAAAAGAAGAUAAUAGAAGAAAGAGGGAGGAGAAGUAGAAAAGAGAGAGAAAGAAAAGUAGAAAAAGAGAAAGGAAGCAAAGAGCAGAAGAAGGUAAAAAAAGAAAAAAAGAGCAAAGAAGAGACAAGAGAGUAUGAGUAG